AUGGACUAUUUCUCUGCUACUAAUAACUCUAGCUCAGAUGGCUCUAACUCUUCUUCAGCGAACAAACACAACGGCACCGGAGAGAAGAUCGAGGGUGGCGUGAAGAGCAAAAGCAAAGGAGUGAGGCUUUCCACAGACCCGCAGAGUGUGGCGGCCAGAGAGAGGAGGCAUAGGAUCAGUGACCGGUUCAAGAUCUUGCAGAGCUUGGUUCCUGGUGGGACCAAAAUGGACACGGUGUCCAUGUUAGAGGAAGCUAUCCACUAUGUGAAGUUCCUCAAGGCCCAGAUAUGGCUUCACCAGAGCAUGAUCAACUUUGUGGACGAUGAUGAUGGUCUUCACCAUGACCGUUCAUCAUCCUCAUCAUCCUCGUCUAUGUUCCAGUACCAGCUUCCAGCUGAUCAUCCUCUUCAUCAUCCAACUGGGUCCCAUGAUUUCUACUCUCAGAACAAUUUCGUGCAACCACCUUCACCAGCUAUGAAUAUUCCAUUGCCUGACCCUAAUUACUUCCAAGGUCAAGAAGCCAUCCCCAAUAUUGAAGCCUACAUGAAAUAUUAUAGCUAGUUUAUAAGUA